GCGGGGGCUUGUCCAGUGUGAGUUCAGCUAGUGCACCCGCUGUUUCUCCGCCUGAACACAUCGCGCCCUCUCUCCGGAUCGUGUCCUGCUCUGCGUCCUCAUCAUGCUGUCUCUAGACUUUCUGGACGAUGUACGGCGGAUGAACAAGCGGCAGCUUUAUUAUCAAGUCCUAAAUUUUGGAAUGAUUGUCUCCUCAGCACUAAUGAUCUGGAAGGGGUUAAUGGUAAUAACUGGAAGUGAAAGUCCAAUUGUAGUGGUGCUCAGUGGCAGCAUGGAACCUGCAUUUCAUAGAGGAGAUCUUCUCUUUCUAACCAAUCGAGUUGAAGAUCCCAUAAGAGUAGGAGAAAUUGUUGUUUUUAGGAUAGAGGGAAGAGAGAUUCCUAUAGUUCACCGCGUCUUGAAAAUUCAUGAAAAGCAAAAUGGACAUAUCAAGUUUUUGACCAAAGGAGAUAAUAAUGCAGUUGAUGACCGAGGCCUCUAUAAACAAGGACAACAUUGGCUAGAAAAAAAAGAUGUUGUGGGAAGAGCAAGGGGAUUUGUUCCUUACAUUGGAAUUGUGACGAUCCUUAUGAAUGACUAUCCUAAAUUUAAGUAUGCAGUCCUCUUUUUACUGGGUUUAUUUGUGCUGGUCCAUCGAGAGUAAGAAGUCUACCUUGCUGUUCCUGAGAAGAUGCUGUACUUUUUGUUACUGAAUGUUUGGAGUAGAUAUUGGUCUGUGAUUGGUGGAAUGGAGAACACACAUUUGGGUGCUUCUUGGGAGCGCAGUUUGCGUUAGUUUAUGUUUCCACGCCAGAGUAUGUGUGGGUGGGUACACGUGCACCGUGGAGUGCACUCAAGGGACUUUGAAUCACAGAAUUUCAUAUGUUGUCAUUGUCACACUUUCACAUUUUUGUACAUCAGUGAAUUUUUUAUAUUAAAAAGUUUAGCCAAAGCCCCCAGUGUUUGUAUUUUGAAGCCAAGCUUCACUUCUGAAGUGCCUCCAGAGUUCUGUAAAUGAAAAUGCAGCUCUGCGCGAGCUUGAAGCUGCCACUCCCCCUUAUAAUGGGAAUGGCCUAUUCUGAGGUGGUCAUAAGUCUUAACUUUUCAAAAUUUUGAAUAAAAGACUUUGCACAUUGAACCCCUUA